AUCUAAAAGUCUGGCACCGCGAGAGCCACCUUUUUUUUUUUGUGGGCGGGAACGCACAUGCGCAGGGGUACCUAGCAAAACCCUUAAAUACCGUCAUGCGGUCACGCGCGGUCUCUUUCUCUGCCGCCGCCGAGUCGCGCGGAGGCGGUGGCUCGGGUUUGUUCAAGAUUCAGCUUCAUCCGUAAUCCACCGCCAUGGCCGAGGAAGGCAUUGCUGCUGGAGGUGUAAUGGACGUCAACACUGCUUUACAAGAGGUGCUGAAGACCGCCCUCAUCCACGAUGGCCUUGCACGUGGAAUUCGCGAAGCUGCCAAAGCCUUAGAUAAGUACGUUUAUCAGUCUCAAUACUGUGGGUUGUUGCAACCGGAACAAAACUUCAGCCGAGGGAAGAAAGCGCGAAGUUCAUGGUGUUACAUCUGGACUUUGAGGAAUUGUAAGUAUAAUAAGGAAUUUAAUCAGAAAUCUAGAAUACUUGUCGAUGACAACAAGAAACUAGGAGAAUGGGUAGGCCUCUGUAAAAUUGACCGAGAGGGCAAGCCCCGUAAAGUGGUUGGUUGCAGUUGUGUAGUUGUUAAGGAUUAUGGCAAAGAAUCUCAGGCCAAGGAUGUCAUCGAAGAGUACUUCAAAUGCAAGAAAUGAGCAAAUAAAUUUUUCGUUCACAUUCCUCA